AUGGGGCCCUCUCAGCUCGUCCGUGCUCCUCGGCCUCGGGGCAUGAGUUCUCCCUACCGAAGGCCAGGUAUGGGUGGGCACCGGCGCCGGUGUCCCAGGAUGUUCAAGUAUAGCCGAAGAACAUACCGGCAGAAGCCCCGAAGUCCAGCUGCCACCAGUCUUGCCACUAUGGCCACAAACAUCAGUAACACCAACACUACCACCACUAGUGUGUGGAUCCUCUCACCUCAAGUUCUCAGACACCUCUGUCAACCUGGGGGCUUUCUGAUCCUCUAG